AUGGGUAUGUUAGGUAAAUAUCACUUAUAUACAGCAAAAGAUUUUGAUUAAAUAGUGUUUUUUUUUUUUUUUUUUUUAAAAAAAGGCAUUUCUGACGAUUUAAAACCGUUAGACUUGUCCGUGAAAAGUGCGGUUUUCCAUCAGUCACGUAAUAUUAAUAGCAUCAAGUCAAAAAAACCGUACAAAUUGUUUUGUGAAGUUUGCGCAAAGGGUUUUGAUAGACCAUCGCUUUUGAAGAGACACCUGCGAACUCAUACAGGUAAGAUCUACGGAUUUUUUUUUGUAUCAUGUUAUGCUUUUUUCACAAGGCUGUAGCUGGAAACAAUUUUCGGGGGGGGGGGGUUUAAACCGAAUUUUAUAUUUACAUUAUAUAGUUUUAAAUAAGCUAACUAAAAUGUUGAUAGUAAAAACUAUAGAAAAUAUAUACUUACCUGGCUACCUAUAUUACAAUGUAUGUUUAAUCUCUUCAGCCGAAAGUUAUAGGACCAGUUAUUUCAAACGUUAAACUAAUACAAGUAUAACAAAUAGUUGGCUAUUAAAACUCACGGUAUAAUUCUUAUUUUUUCAAACCAACCCUCCCCUCUCAAUUUUUUUUCUGCAUUCACUCCUGAUUAAGGGUAUUAAGAAAAGGGAUCCAUGUAUUAAAUUAAGAUGUAAGGAAAUAGGUGUAAAAUAAUGUGUAAGAAAGUACAUUUAGCAUUCUUCCUUACAAUCAAUACCUGAUCAUUGCAUUACAUUGUAAUCAAAUUUUAAUAACACAUAUAUCCACUAUGAAAAGUCAAAAAAAAUCACCCAUUGGGUUGAUUUUAUACACCAAUAGACAAUACUCCUUAUUUAAUUAUCGUUUAUAUUGAUAUUUGAUUUCGCCAUUUUAGCGAUAACUUGGCAACAAAACGACGUUUUGUAGACCAGUGUGUGUUACUUAUAAUUAUUUUUAGAUUCUGAACAAAGGGAUGAAGAAUGUAUUGAUUUCACUAUGAUGUUUGCGAGGUUUAGAUUCUGAGUAAUGCGAAGAAUGUGUGUAUUGGUUUUUCUAUGAUAUGUACACGUUCAUUUUUUAUUUUUAGAUUCUGAGCGGAUAAUGAAUGUUUAUUAAGUUCAGAUUAUUAUUUUUUCUGUCUGAGCAACUUUUUACUAGAAUUCUAAGUCCAAUCAAUAAAUUAUAAGAGAAAUUGUUUGUUGUGUUUUGGAUCAAGUUGUUUAAAAGGUUGAUUUUCCGUGCAGUUUUCAUAAUAAUUGCGAAAAACACGAAAAAACGUAUGAAAACAUACCUACAAAACAAAUCGAAAAAAAAACCUCCCCUGUACACAAGUUAUAUCCGAAAUUCUACUAAAAAGCUCUCGUUAUUUUUUGAUUGAAGCAAGAUUUUUGCCAAAAAAGUUAACAAUAAUAAAAAAAAAAUUUAAAAAAGCACACAUCACAGCAACGCCAAUACCAUGCGAAAUAAAUUAAUCACCAAAAUAUACUGUUUGUGCUUCAGGAGAACGACCUCAUGCGUGCACGCAGUGCGGCAAAGCGUUUUCCACUUCCAGUGCGCUGAACACGCACAAACGCAUACACAGCGGAGAAAGACCGCACGCGUGCCCAAUCUGCGGCAAAACGUUUACAGCCAGUUCGAAUCUCUACUACCACAAAAUGACUCAUUCAAAAGUAAAAUUGAAAAAAAAAUAUCCAAGUCUAACCGAAUUGGAUAUAAUACCUUUUAUUAUUAUUUGUCAUAAAAUAUCUAAUACUCGAAUUGGGAGAAAUAUCGAGAGAAGACACUGGCUUCUAAAGCGUAGAAAUGUUACACUCGUUACAAUAAACGGCUAUAAUAAAACAUAUUUUAAUAUCCAAACUAGGAAUAAAUCGUAUAAAAAAUAAAAUACGUAUAGCAUUGUAGAAACAUUUUUAUAGUAAACUAAUUAACCAAAACUGAAAGAUGUUUGUAUUUUUUUAUUACAAAUAAAUAAUAGGCUAAUAUAAACUUAUUUUAUUAUUUUCACUUCAUAUACAUUUACUCCUUAUAAAUGUUUACUGAAGUUAUAAAAUUAAUAAUAGGGUUUUCAUUUAAUUAGGGGCACGAUAAAACCUUUCAAAAUAUUAAAGAGAACUUUCAUCAUUAUAGUUCCCCUCCCCAAUUCGAGCUCUAACGUAUUGAUAAUGAUGAUGGUAUAACAAAAUAAUUAUUAUAAUGAGUUUUCAGGUGAAACCGCACAAGUGCAACGUUUGUGACAAAUCAUAUCCGACGCCAGGAAACUUACGGGCCCACAUGUCGUCACAUUCUGGAGAAUGGACAUACCACUGCAAUACUUGUGGCCGUGGUUUCAGCAAAAAGAUUAACCUGGAGAGGCACGCCAAAACGUGUCGUAGACAAAAUAUAAAAAUAUGA